AUGACGUGCGUGGAGAAAGCAGGCAACGAUGAGAAGAUGCUCAUCAAAAUCUUCCGGUGCUUGGGAAGCUGGUUCAACCUGGGUGUCCUGGACAGCACCUUCAUGGCAAACAGCAAGUUACUGUCGCUCCUCUUCGAGGUGCUGCAACAAGACAAAACAUCAUCAAACCUCCACGAAGCCGCUUCGGACUGCGUGUGCUCGGCUCUCUACGCCAUCGAGAACGUGGAGACGAACCUUCCCUUGGCCUUGCAGCUUUUCCAGGGCGUCCUCACCCUCGAGAGUGCCUAUCACAUGGCUGUCGCACGCGAGGACCUCGACAAGGUGCUCAAUUAUUGCCGUGUUUUCACCGAGCUGUGCGAGACCUUCCUAGAUAAAAUAGUUUGUACGCCGGGCCAAGGGCUGGGGGAUCUGCGGACGCUGGAGCUGCUGCUGAUCUGCGCAGGUCACCCGCAGUACGAGGUGGUAGAAAUUUCAUUUAACUUCUGGUACAGACUAGGGGAGCACCUGUACAAGACAGACGAUGCGGUCAUCCACAGCAUCUUCAAAGCCUACAUCCAGCGCCUUCUCCACGCUCUGGCCAGACACUGCCAGCUUGACUCGGACCACGAGGGUGUCCCAGAGGAGACGGAUGAUUUCGGGGAGUUCCGGAUGCGGGUCUCGGACCUGGUGAAGGACCUGAUCUUCCUGGUGGGAUCGGUGGAGUGUUUCGCUCAGCUUUAUGCGACUCUGAAGGACGGGAAUCCACCCUGGGAGGUGACGGAAGCCGUCCUCUUCAUCAUGGCCUCCAUCGCUAAGAGCGUUGACCAGGAGAACAACCCGACGCUGGUGGAGGGAGAGAUGAGCGAGGUGGUGGACAGAAACCCCCAGUUCCUGGAUCCCGUGCUGGGUUAUUUGAUGAAAGGUCUGUGCGACAGUUCAGGGACAGCCUUGGUCCUGGCCAGGCUCCCCUUGGAGAAGAUAGCAGAAUGCCUCAGCGAACUCUGUGCCGUACAGGUGAUGGCGCUGAAGAAGCUGCUCUCUCAGGAGCCAAGCAACGGCCUCUCCUCAGACCCUACCGUGCCCCUGGAUCGACUUGCUGCUUUUCACAGACACACCAACCCCAUUGUAGAAAAUGGACAGAUCCAUCCGUGCCAAAAAGUCAUUCAGGAA